CACACCGGCGUGCCCGGGGGGCGCGCUUCCCGCGAGGAUGGCCCAGGCCGCGAUCAGACGUAGCAGAGUGCUUCUCGGCCCUGGCCUGGAGCUGACGCGGGGACAAGCCGCCGGGGCCAGGGGGCGCAGGCUGGGCAGAAUGUGUUGAAGAGUGAAAAAGAGUUUAUUGUUUAAAAGGAAGAUUUGGGAAUGCCCAAUACCUCAUGAUGCUGUCAAAUGGACCUUAGUAGUGUAACUUCUAGGAACUCUGGUUUCAAAAAACCUUGCAGAGGAGAAAAGCAGGUUAAGGAAGUGGCCCUGAUGCCCCCAAAGAGGAAGUAUGGAGAAUAUUACAGCUGAUAUUAUAGAAGUGAUUGUCAAGGAUGAUAUGACCUCAGUGGCAGAGAGUUCAGAGAAUACUGAUAUUAUUAACCACCUUGGAAUACAUCAGAGCAGUCUAAGCCAGCAGAUAUUCUAUAUAUGUGAAAAAUGUGGCAAGUGCAUUGAACAAAAUGAAGACUUUGAUCAGCAUCAGAGAACUCAUGAUGGAGAGAAGGUCUAUGGAUGCAAGGACUGUGGGCAGGCUUUCAGUUUUAGAUCACACUGCAUUGCACAUCAGAGAAUUCAUAAUGGGGUAAAGCUCUUUGAGUGUCAAGAAUGUGCUAAAGUCUUUCUGUGGAAGUCAAACCUGAUUCGACACCAUAGAAUACAUACUGGAGAGAAACCCUUUGAAUGUAAGGAAUGUGGAAAGGGCUUUAGUCAGAACACAAGCCUUACACAGCAUCGGCGAAUCCACACUGGGGAGAAACCAUACACAUGUCAGGUGUGUGGGAAAAGCUUUACUCGAAACCCAGCCCUUCUCCGACAUCAGCGAAUCCACACUGGGGAGAAGCCUUAUGAAUGUAAAAACUGUGGAAAAGGCUUCAUGUGGAACUCAGAUCUUUCUCAGCAUCAGAGGGUUCAUACUAGGGAGAAGCCUCAUGAAUGUACUGACUGUGGGAAAAGCUUCAUUUGCAACGCACACCUGAUCCGACAUCAGAGAAUCCACACUGGGGAAAGACCUUAUAAAUGUAAUGACUGUGGCAAGGCUUUUAGUCAGAAUUCUGUGUUAAUUAAGCACCAGAUGCUUCAUGUUAGAGAGAAACCCUAUGACUGUCAAACCUCUCACUUUCUUAAGCAUUAGAGAGUACAUAAUGAUGGGCUGGGAUGGUAGCUCAGUGGUAGAGUGCUUGUCUAGCAUGACUGAGACUAUAGGUUCAAUUUCCAGCAGUGUUAGAACAGAAAUUUUAUGGAGAAUGUCUAAUAAUGGUACUUGUAUAUAGUUCUUAUGCCACAGGAACCGUAGUGACAAAAUGAGGUGGUUUUACUUCAUUUUCUGUAACUCUGAAAGGGGCCAAUAUUACUUUGUCCCUUCCCCAUGUACUCUUGCAAGACACUGUAUUUAUAAUAGCAUUUAAUGCUGUGAGCUAACUAUGCUAACAUUCUUUCCAGCCUGACUCAUGAAGAUACUGUUUUUUAAUUGUACAUAUUUUAAUGCCUCUACCUAUUUUUAGUUUCUGUUUAUCAUCUAAGGCCCAGCCCCUUUGACUAAACAGACAUCUCCCUCUUAUAUCUAUAGUCAGUACACGCAAAUUAGUUAGAUUUAGUUAAAAGUUAAAAUUAGCUAAAUUAAUUAACUAAAUAAGUUAGUUAAACCCAAAUUAUUUAAUUUUGUGUUUUUGUUUUUUUUGUUUUUUUUUAGUAGUGCCAUGUCUCUUAGUUUUGACUGUAGCCAAAUGACUCUUUCUGAACUAGUUCUACAUUUUGUUUUGUUUUUUAAAGUUUUGAAGCCUAUUUAUCAUUUUUGAGGGACAGGGUCUCACUCUAGCCAAGGCUGCAGUAGAACCACUCUGUAGCCCAGAAUGGCCUUGUACUCACUGCAGUUCUCCUAUUUCAGCCUCCUAAGUACUGGUAUUGAAGCUAUACACAUCAUGCCCAGAAAAGCCUAUUUAUUUUUGGCAACAUUGAGUGCUCAUGAUAGAAAAAUUGGAAUAGUUCCAAAGAGAAUUCAGUGCCCAGUAUAUUUCUGUCAUUACUAUCUCCUAGUUCUUUCAGGCAAUCACUGUUAUCUUCUGUGUGUCUUUCUGAAAAUCUGUCCUAAUUCUAUCUCACUGACACCUUCAUUUGCUGUAGGUGACAGUCCCAUGGCCAAUGCCAGGAUCUUUUCUUCAGAGGACCUCUUGAGGUCCCCCAGGUAAAUUAGGGAAGGCAAGAGAAUAUAGUCCAGGCUGUACAAUCUUGGAAGCCCUGCUCAUCAUUGGAAACUCUGCUUGCCUUUAAAUUAGGAGACAGCAGUCUGGGAUUAGAAAAGUGAAAAUCCAGUGGAGAUUUUUUUCAUAAAAAUGUAUACAGCUAUAGAACUUUAUUAUAUCAUUAUCCUAAAUUUCCCAGCCUGCUCCCUACUUACCAUUGUGACAAUUUGUAUCCUAAAAUAAACUGAGAGUCCAUCACCAAGGGAUGGAGAAAUGGUUA